AUGAAAACCAGACGCAUGGCAAGUCUGGAAAUCACGGACGAGCACUUUGACGGCUCUCGGUUACCGCGAGUGGAACACUCCGCGAACACCGGUGAACAAUGUCGACCAACGACGUCGUCGCAGGACCACGGUAGAAUCCCGAAGAGUCCUAAAACUACUCUGGCGGGCAUCACCAAACCGCGAGCCUCUCGAAGGAAAAUCGAGGAAAAUCGCACGUAUCAGUUGGCCGAGAAAAUACGCCUAACGUUAAAACAGAACUUGCUUGUGAUGAGCAAAACGUUCGAAAUCGAAAUCCCCGCAGCUCUCGCGAAAUUUCUGGCCGCCAUGAACGGCUGCCUGUACAUCCGAAGGAAAUGUAACGUUUCGAAGGUCACGUUAUCGUUUUCCAGCGGUAAAUCCAACAAAUGGAAGUUGAUAAUCGACAGCGCGGACGAGAGCCGUAUAGACGAAGUUGUGGAGCAAUUGAACAAGUUGUCCAGUUAUAUGGAGUCCGGCGGAAAAUCCGUCUAA